AUGGAAAACAAAAGGCAAGUGAGUGGUUCUUCUUCUUCUUCUUCGUCAUCAUCAUCAUCUGUUUCUUUGGAUCAUCUCUUUGGUCCCAAGGACUCUUCUUCUUCUUCUUCAUCCACAAGUGGGAUUUUUGACACCAUUUUCCCUCCUCCAUCAACGGUGCUAGGGAGGGACUCCAGUCACUCUGGAAUGAUGGGGUCAUGGAAUAAUCAGGGUUUGCCCCAUCAUGGCAAAUAUGGAAAUCCAGAUCACACCACUGAUAGCAAGGGACAAAGCAGUGGCACAACUAACAAAGACACGAGUUCGUCCGUUUAUCAUAGUGAAACAGUGGAACCUUGCAAUCUCAGCUCAUCUAUCUACUAUGGAGGCCAAGAAAAUUAUUCUCCAAGGAAGAAGACCACUGAGUCUCCCCAUUAUUUCAAGAAGGAUGGGGGAGAUGAUGAUCCCAAUGGAAACAAUUCUGGUGGUGCUUCAAGAGGGAAUUGGUGGCAGGGUAUGAAAGCUGUGGAUUUUUGUUGAUAAACAAAAUACUCUUCACUGUCCAUAAAAAUUAUAGAAUUGAACAAUCUUUAAUCAAUUUAUUCUUUGUUUGUACAGGCUCACUUUAUUACUAACAUCUUAAUCCAAAAUAAUGCAAACUUUCCAUCCCAAUACUUUAAGGUAUAUGUUAAAAAUUUCCUGAUGGAUCUCCUUUUUGCUUUAUCUGUAUAUAUAUGCACCCUUCUGUUUUACAUUUU